UCAAACUCCAGUUUGUGUUCAUCAAAAUUCAAAAACAAACACCAAACCAAGAAAUUUCAGAGUUCUUUUUUCGACAAUGGAUCAGAGCUUGUUUCGCGAUCUUCUUGACCAGGAUCAAGAUAUGUCUGAACGUAAAUGGACUUUGGUCAAUGGUCCGGUUAUAGUUGGUGCUGGACCAUCGGGGCUAGCCACUGCUGCUUGCCUAAGAGAGCAAGGGGUGCCCUUUGUUGUGCUUGAACGAGCUGAAUGCAUAGCUUCUUUGUGGCAAAAACGCACCUACGACAGGCUUAAGCUUCAUCUUCCAAAACAAUUCUGUCAACUCCCUAAACUACCUUUCCCUGAGGAUUUCCCCGAGUACCCCACAAAGAAGCAGUUCGUUGAAUACCUUGAAUCAUAUGCUAAGCAUUUUGAUAUCAACCCAAAGUUCAACGAGUGUGUGCAGUCAGCUAGUUACGAUGAAACCAGUGGUUUCUGGAGGGUCAAGACCGUGUCGAACAAGGCCGAGUUCGAGUACAUUUGCCGCUGGCUGGUGGUGGCCACCGGAGAAAACGCCGAGUGCGUCGUGCCGGAUAUCGAAGGACUGACUGAGUUUGGUGGUGAAGUUAUCCAUGCUUGUGAAUACAAGUCCGGGGAAAAAUUCGAGGGACAAAAAGUACUCGUCGUCGGCUGUGGCAACUCCGGCAUGGAACUUUCUCUUGAUCUUUGUAACCACAAUGCUUCACCAUCAAUGGUGGUUCGCAGCUCGGUUCAUGUAUUGCCAAGAGAAGUUUUCGGGAAAUCGACAUUCGAAAUAGCUGUUUCAAUGAUGAAAUGGCUGCCCCUUUGGCUCGUUGACAAGGUGAUGUUGAUUUUAGCUUAUUUGGUGCUUGGAAACGUUGAGAAAUGCGGGUUUAAACGGCCAUCAAUGGGUCCAUUGGAGCUCAAGAACACAAAAGGGAAGACCCCUGUAUUGGACAUUGGUGCAUUGGAGAAAAUCAAAUCAGGUGACAUCAAAGUUGUUCCCGGAAUCAAGCGUUUCUCGUAUAAACAAGUCGAGCUCGUUAACGGCGAGAGGCUCGACAUCGACUCGGUGGUAUUGGCAACCGGAUACCGCAGCAAUGUUCCUUCAUGGCUGCUGGAAGGUGAAUUCUUUUGCAAGAAUGGGUUCCCAAAGGCUCCAUUCCCACAUGGGUGGAAAGGGAAUGGUGGAUUAUAUGCAGUUGGGUUCACAAGGAGAGGGCUCUCUGGUGCUGCCUCAGAUGCCAUUAGGAUUGCACAAUAUAUUGGAAAGCUAUGGAAGGAUGAAACUAAGCAACACAAAAAGCUUGCCAUUGCUUGCCAGAGAAGAUGCAUUUCACAGUUCUAAAAUCUUAAUCCUCAGUGCCAAAAAAAAAGGUGAAAAUAUUGUAAAACACCCAAAACAAAACAGGUAGCACAGGCUGACAGAGCCCCUCCAAAGGCCCAAGUUUUGAUUCCUUUGGGCAUUUUGUACACUGAGGAUGAUGAGGCUUUCCAAUUUUCUUUUCUUUUUCUUUUUGUA